AUGUCCGAGUACCCGUACAUUGCCCGCGAUGCCGCCUGCCGAAAGGACAAGGAAUCGCACCCGGUGGCCCACAUCAGCAGCUGGCACCCGACCACGCCCCACAACGACGAGGUGGCCCUGGAGAAGGCGGUUCACGACCACGGUCCCAACGCGGUGGCCAUCCNCAACUACAUCCGCUCGCACGGCCUCGCUUCCAUGUCCGAGUACCCGUACAUUGCCCGCGAUGCCGCCUGCCGAAAGGACAAGGAAUCGCACCCGGUGGCCCACAUCAGCAGCUGGCACCCGACCACGCCCCACAACGACGAGGUGGCCCUGGAGAAGGCGGUUCACGACCACGGUCCCAACGCGGUGGCCAUCCACGUCUCCGACGGCGUCGCCCACUACAAACAUGGCAUCUUCGAUGGCGAAUGCCGAGGUGGCCGAAACCAUGCGGUGCUGGUGGUCGGUUAUGGUCGAGAGAAUGAGCGCGACUUUUGGCUGCUGAAGAACCAGUGGGGCGAGGGCUUCGGCGACCACGGCUACUUCCGACUGGCGCGAAAGCACGGCAACAUCUGCGAUGUGGCCGGUGAUGCCGUCUGGGUUGAGUAG